AUGGCAAACGCUGAACAACUAUCCCGUUGCGCCGCCCCGGAGACUCCUCUUCUAAUCAAAGACGCCCUAGAGGACCUCCCAUCCCACACUCAGAAGUCGGUCCACACGCAAUCUCAUAUUCCCAAGGCUCCUCCGAAAAUUUUGUUAUCAUUCAAGGAAAUUCUUGUUGUUGUUCAAACGGAAGAUCUGGUAUCGGUUGAAGACCUCGCGCGCGCGGCAAGAGAUAAAUUCACGAAUUAUUUGAUUGCCACCGACACGUCAAAUAUCACUUUGCAUACCACCAAAGAAACGGAGGCGCUCACUCCAACCUCGCGCCUUGAAGAACACGCCGCAGAACUUGCUUGUUGCCCCUUCUUGGAGACUCCUCUCAUAUUCAAAGUCAAAUCGAAUCCUUUAGAGGACCUCGGACGCUUCUGGCAGGCUCUCCCAGCUGAUGCCACCAUUGUCCCCGUCGGCAAGAUGCAACAUUUGAAGCUCAAAGAAUCCUAUGUGCUUGGAGAACGAAACCUUGGCCGCAGCCUCCUCGUCCGCCCGAUAUACAAAGAGCUCUGCGAGCGUUUUGAGGCCAGGAAAGUUCACAAAUCAGUCGUUACCGGUACUCCGGAGAUUGGAAAGACGGUUUUUUCGGCUUACUACAUGUGGAUUGCUGCAUGCCAGAAAAAAACUGUGGUGUGGCAGCCUGUUUCAUCUGGAUUGGGUGUUCCUCCGACCUAUUUGAUGACUUCAAGGGGCGUUGAACGGGUAGCUUCUGACAGUCCUGAGCUCCUCAGCGCUCUCGCCAAUCCCGAAACCAUGUACAUUGUGGAUGGUCAAGCUCCAAUGCUGUCCUUUGUCAACGCCUGGACGCUAGUCCUCACCUCUCCACUGCGCGACCAUUACAAAAUAGUUCUCAAGAUACCGAGAUCAGAGCUAUUGUAUAUGGAACCGUGGAGUGAUGAGGAAUUGAAAAAUUGCCAAGCCUUCCUCUAUCCAGAUGAAGAAAUAUUGCCGACAGACCUCAUGGACCAGCUUUUUGAGUCAGCUGAACUCAAAGCAUCUGGCAACACUGAUGCUGUAUUGCAUGAUCUAGUCGUGAAGCUGACUCAAGCCAUCAACCAAGGUCGAUUGAUCAAUAUCUUAUAUGCACAUCGGGACAGAAGGCCUGACGGAGAGAGUAUUCACAUCAUAUGA